CACGUUUAUGAGCACUAUUGGGCCUCGAAUGAGAAUUUGAAACUUUCGAAUUCAUGUGGCUGUCAACUCACUGACUGAACUCCGUAAUCCGUUCUGUACGAGUAUAGGUAUAUAGUGUUAGUUUCCGCCACUUGCGCACAUGGCUCGAGCAGCGCAGCAUAUAGGCUAUAGUAUAUGACACAUGUAGUAGUAGUACUGCCAUGCUCAGCAGCAGACGACGCUGUUCAUCAUUUUUACGAGUUAUUAUCAAUAAUUGCAUUAAAAACAGUCGCGAUUUAACCAGCUGUCAGCACGAGGCAUCGAUGAAAAUGCCCGCGGAAAGCAGCAAGAAACCCCUGGAGUUCGAGGUGAGGGCCGAGUGUCCAGUCACGAAGGCCCGAACCGGCUUUAUGCAGCUCGUGCAUCAUCACGUGGACACGCCGGUAUUCAUGCCUGUUGGGACUCAGGGAACUUUGAAAGGUAUACUGCCACAACAGUUGGAGGAAUUGGAUUGUCAAAUAAUCUUAGGAAAUACAUAUCACUUGGGUAAUCGGCCUGGUCCAGAGAUUCUUAAGAAAGCCGGUGGAUUACACAAGUUUAUGAAUUGGAAGCGAGCUUUAUUGACUGACUCGGGUGGCUUUCAAAUGGUGUCUUUACUGAAGCUUGCUAAAAUUACAGAAGAUGGUGUUAAUUUCAGAAGUCCAUUUGAUGAUUCUGAAUGCAUGUUGACUCCUGAAAGGUCGAUUGAAAUUCAAAAUGCAAUAGGAGCUGAUAUAAUCAUGCAAUUGGAUGAUGUAGUAUCCAGUACGACGACUGGACCUAGAGUAGAAGAAGCUAUGCAGAGAACUACAAGAUGGGUGGACAGAUGCUUGUCUGCACAUCAAAGACCCACAGAGCAAAGUAUUUUUCCCAUUGUACAGGGUGGAUUGUAUCCAGAAUUGAGAAAAGAAUCUGCUAGGCAAUUAACACAGCGCGAAGUCAAUGGUUUUGCCGUUGGAGGUCUGAGUGGAGGAGAAAGUAAAGAUGAAUUUUGGAAAAUGGUUCAUCUUUCUACAGAUAUUUUGCCAAAGAAUAAGCCACGUUACUUAAUGGGUGUCGGUUUUGCUGUAGAUAUGCUAGUUUGUGUCGCAUUAGGAAUUGAUAUGUUUGACUGUGUAUUUCCAACAAGAACAGCUAGAUUUGGCUGUGCUCUGGUACCCAGUGGACAAUUAAACUUGAAAAGAGGCGAGUAUGAUAGAGAUAUGAGACCAAUAGAUGAAAACUGUGAUUGUGAAACUUGCAAAACACACAGCAGAGCAUUCCUUCAUCAAAUAGUCACUGUAGAAACCAAUGCAUGUCAUUUAUUAAGUGUUCAUAAUGUGGCUUUUCAAUUAAAACUUAUGAGAAAUAUUCGUCAAAGUAUUGUAGAGCAAAGAUUUCCAGAUUUUGUUCGUGAUUACUUGUUAAAUGUUUACCCUGAUAAGGAGUAUCCACAAUGGAUAAUUGAUGCUUUAAAAGCAGUAAAUAUUAAAUUAUUAUAAUUAUUAAUGUUUGGAUUUCCAUCAAAUGUA